GCACAUUUAGCUUCGUUGCUAUUGCGUCUUUUUAGGUUAACUGCUGAUAAAUGUUCUCGGUGCUUCAGUCUCCACGCAUUUCCGCUGAUGUUAGCAUUUAUGUGAUAAAAACCCAGAAAGGUGCGCCUGAAGUGGCCGCUGCCGUUGUUGAAGUCCGGUGUUAUGCCGGGGUUCGUUCCCCCGAUUAUGUCGUCCCCUUUUAAUCUCUUCAUUCCCCCCACUACCCCGAAUCCAGCCUUCUUCCUGAGAUUCGGAACCGAACACAGAACUGCAAGCCGUUAGCUAGUCACGGAUUCCUGCGUAGAUCAGUCCGAGAGAUGGACCAGAGGAAGCAGGUUCCAGCCGAAACAGUGGAGGGAAAAAACGCUAGAAACACGAUUCGGAAGGAAACCAGACCUCCACGCCACGAACUCCCCCACACGCCCACCGCAGAACCCCUUCAAACCGCUUCUGUUUGGACUUUAUUUUGACUAGCUAACCUCUAAAUAAGGUUGCUAAACCUGGCGUCUGUUCUUGGAAGGCCUUUCAAAAUAAUAUUCACCUCAGCCAAAAGUUUAGUCUGCAGAGAGAGAUACGCAGAUCCCAAAUAAGAACAAGGGGUCCCUGCAGUUUGAGGACAAGUGGGACCUGAUGCGGCCCAUCGUUCUCAAGCUGCUAAGACAAGAGUCUGUCACCAAGCAACAGUGGUUCGACUUAUUCUCUGACGUCCAUGCUGUCUGUUUAUGGGACGAUAAAGGUCCUGCUAAAAUCCACCAAGCCCUCAAAGAAGACAUCCUCGACUUCAUCAAACAAGCACAAACCGAAGUACAUUUUCCUCUGUAUCCGUUGCCGUGGCAGCGCGUGCUGAGCCACCAAGACGACACGGCGCUGCUGAAGGCGUACAUCGUGGAGUGGAGGAAGUUCUUCACCCAGUGCGACAUCCUGCCCAAACCGUUCUGUCAGCUAGAGAUCACGCUGAUGGGGAAGCAGGGCAGCAACAAGAAAACCAACAUGGAGGACAGCAUUGUACGCAAGCUCAUGCUGGACACGUGGAACGAGUCGAUAUUUUCCAACAUUAAGAGCCGCCUGCAGGACAGCGCGAUGAAGCUGGUGCACGCAGAGAGGCUGGGCGAGGCCUUCGACUCGCAGCUCGUUAUCGGCGUUCGGGAAUCAUACGUCAACCUGUGCUCCAACCCGGAGGACAAGCUGCAGAUCUACAGGGAUAACUUUGAGAAAGCCUACCUGGACUCCACUGAGAGGUUCUACAGAACCCAGGCGCCGUCCUACCUGCAACAAAACGGUGUUCAAAACUACAUGAAAUAUGCUGAUGCAAAACUCAGAGAGGAGGAGAAGAGAGCGCUUCGAUAUCUAGAGACACGACGUGAAUGUAAUUCUGUUCAGGCACUUAUGGAGUGUUGCGUUAACGCUUUGGUGACUUCGUUCAAGGAGACCAUCCUAGCCGAAUGUCCAGGAAUGAUUAAACGCAACGAGACGGAGAAGCUGCACCUCAUGUUCUCACUCAUGGACAAGGUUCCCAGUGGGAUUGAGCCCAUGCUGAAGGACCUAGAAGAGCACAUCAUUAAUGCUGGACUGGCGGACAUGGUGGCUGCCGCUGAGACCAUCACUACGGAUUCUGAGAAGUAUGUGGAGCAGCUGCUGACGUUGUUUAAUCGCUUCAGUAAACUGGUGAAGGAGGCUUUCCAGGACGACCCGCGCUUCCUCACAGCAAGAGAUAAGGCUUACAAAGCCGUCGUCAACGAUGCAACGAUCUUCAAGCUGGAGCUCCCGAUGAAGCAGAAGGGAGUGGGAAUGAAAACGCAGCCCGAGUCCAAAUGUCCCGAGCUGCUGGCGAACUACUGUGACAUGCUGCUGAGGAAAACGCCCCUCAGCAAGAAACUUACCUCUGAAGAAAUUGAGCUGAAGCUCAAAGAAGUGCUCUUGGUGUUGAAGUACGUCCAGAACAAAGACGUCUUCAUGCGGUACCACAAAGCUCACCUGACGAGGCGCCUUAUUCUGGACAUUUCAGCCGACAGCGAGAUUGAGGAGAACAUGGUGGAGUGGCUGAGGGAAGUAGGAAUGCCUGCUGACUAUGUGAAUAAGCUGGCCAGGAUGUUUCAGGACAUCAAGGUCUCAGAGGAUCUCAAUCAGGUGUUCAAGGAGAUGCACAAACACAACAAGCUGGCUCUACCAGCGGACAGCGUGAACAUUAAAAUCCUGAACGCCGGGGCGUGGUCCCGGAGCAGCGAGAAGGUUUUCGUCUCGCUGCCGACGGAGCUGGAGGACCUGAUCCCCGAGGUCGAGGACUUCUACAAGAGGAACCACAGCGGUCGGAAACUCCACUGGCAUCACCUCAUGUCCAACGGCAUCAUCACCUUUAAGAACGAGGUGGGCCAGUACGACCUUGAGGUCACGACCUUCCAGCUCGCCGUGCUGUUUGCCUGGAAUCAGAGGCCGAGAGAGAAAAUCAGCUUUGAGAACCUCAAACUGGCCACGGAGCUUCCUGACGCCGAGCUGCGCCGAACGCUUUGGUCUCUGGUUGCAUUUCCUAAACUGAAGAAGCAAGUCCUGUCGUAUGACCCGUCCGUUAGCUCACCCAAAGACUUUACAGAUGCGACGCUCUUCUACGUCAACCAGGAGUUCUCGCUCAUCAAAAACUCCAAAGUUCAGAAGAGAGGGAAGAUCAAUUUGAUUGGUCGGCUGCAGCUCACGACGGAGCGAAUGAGAGAGGAGGAGAACGAAGGAAUCGUUCAGCUCAGAAUACUCAGAACUCAGGAGGCUAUCAUCCAAAUCAUGAAGAUGAGGAAGCGCAUCAGCAACGCUCAGCUGCAAACGGAGCUGGUGGAAAUCCUGAAAAAUAUGUUUCUGCCUCAGAAGAAGAUGAUAAAGGAGCAGAUUGAGUGGCUCAUCGAACACAAAUAUAUAAAGAGGGACGAAUCGGACAUCAACACUUUCAUCUACAUGGCCUAGGCAACCAGCACCCAGUGCGUUUCUGCUGUUUUUCUUUUACCGCUGGGGCCGCUACCGGCACUUUGUGAUCCCGACGAGGAGCCGAACGGAGGGAGAGGCCUGACCAGGGUCGACGGAGGGACGAGUCUUUUCAACAAAAGUGUGGACGUUUUUUUCUGUUUGUGUGACGCCGGUGUGUCAUUUAAAGAUGUAGCGUUGAGUCGUUGUUUGUCUUCGCUGCCCUCUAGUGUCCAAUCCGGGGAAACGCACGGCACGGCGGGCCUUUUUGCCAGCAGCUCAGCACAGAAGAAAAACAAAAACAGUUCACACACUAAAAAUUAAAUACUUCCUGCCUUACUUCCCUCAGCAGAGAGCUGCAGAAGAGAUGAAGGGUGACUUGUGCAGCGAAGGGAGGACAGUCUUUCACUUUCUCUUGAGGCCUUGGCUGCUGUCUUUGCGGCGGCCAUCUUGCAUCCCUCCUAUUCGCUAUCGCUCUUGUUGAAACUCAGAAGAAUUGCGAGUGAAAGUUGCCGACUGGGAGGAGCGGAGACUGCGAAAGGACUCGUUCAGAGUACCGAGGAGUAUUUUUUGCCAAAUUGUGUGUGUUUGUGUCGCGUGGGUGUUGCGUGUGUUUGGGUGCAUGACGUGUACGUGUUCUUUUAUGUGUGUGUAUCUCUAUGUGCACUUUCAACAGCAUGCUGCUCUAUGAUUAUUAUUAUUAUUAUUUUGUUUUAUUCCAUCAACGGAAAAACGAUCACACUUUGUGAUGGAGGUGAUCGAGAACCGAGGAUGUGCCACCGUUACAAAGUCUAUUAUUGAUUUUCUGACUCUGCCAUGUGAUUGCAGUUGAGCAGUUUAUAUUUUUUAGUCCAUUGCUGAACCGUUAUCACACUGCAAACUAUUUGUUUGGUGUGUAAAAACCAAUGAUCUCGACAUUAUGAAAUUAAAUUCCAAGCCGGACAAAGUGAAAUUAAUGACCAGGUUACUUUUUUGUGUCAAAAUAAUCAGAUCAACAGGGGAAAAAAAAGAUAAUUUCUAUCAUUUCUGGUUAAUAAGUACCGUAAGCCUGAUGGUGUUUGGAUUCACACUGCAGAAACACUAAAUAUUACCAAGUAUUGUUUUGUCUAGUUUCUAGUGCAUACAUCUUAUUAUACUUAAAUUGGACAAAACUAAUGCACAAGCCACUUUUCAGCAAUUUAUAUGAGCUUGUUUUUAAUAGUUCCUCAAUGCUGAUGAAAAAGUGCUAAUUCAACUGGCAGAUUUUUACACGCAUUACAUUUUUCCAUGUUCUAAGUAAAAAAAAACUAUUCCAAGUGGAACUAAUCAGUAGUUUUUAAAAUCAAUAUUCAAGAUUUACAGAGUUAAAACAAGCUCUUAUAUCUAAUUGAAAAGUUACUUAUAAGUUAGUUUUGUGUUAUUUCAAGUUCUUAACAAGAUUACUGAAAUAUUUUCUGUUUUUGCAAGUGGGAAAAGAAAGUACACCCUCUCUCAGCUCUAGAGUUUCACAUAUUGGGGCAUAUUCUGUCUUUAUCAAGCUCUAGAAUCACUUUAAACUGAUAUUACAUUUGCAAAAACAGACAAAAUAUUUAAAAAAGAGAAUUAGCAACUACCACUUCCACACAAAGCAGUAGAUCCAUACAUUAAUGUGACCACUUCUGUACAAAUGCAUCAUCCUCAAAUGAUUUAUUUCAUUUAUUCAGUUGAAAAAGUUAAACUUGUGUACAAUAAAGAUUCAUCACUCAGUUAUUUAUUUA